AUGGUGCCGAAGCGGCAGCUCAGGCGGCCGAUGCCGGUGAAGAGGCCGGCCGGGGCAGUCUCGGUGGCGCUGCCCAGGCGGCCAUCGAAGUUGAGGCCGGUCAGGGCGACGUGGCCAGCGCCGCCCGACCAGAUACGGAAGGAGAGACCGGUGGGGUUUGCAGCGCAUGCAUCAGUUCCUGGAAAGCCUUAUAAUGAAUACUUUGGAAUUGUUUCAACCAUAGAUGUGUAUGGUCAUAAUAUUCGCCAUGGCCAAAUGAGCGCAUCUUCAGUUAUGGUUGCCAACCUUGGUGAUGGGUCAAAAGAAACGUACAAUUCUAUUCGUGUCGGUUGGAUGGUAUCUCCAGAACUAUACGGCGAUUCAUAUGCUCACUUCUAUACUCAUUGGAAUGAGAGGUCAAGUAAAAAUUGGUGGGUGUACUACGGCAUGGACAAUGACACCCCGACAGCAGUUGGUUACUAUCCUGGAAACUUGUUUGCAGGAUUAGCAGAAAAGGCUAGUGACAUUGCUUUUGGUGGUGAAUCACGUGCCAGAAGAAGCCUCCCAACUCCUCCAAUGGGCAGUGGAUUCUUACCAUCACCAAGUGCAGCAUCCAUGUCCAACCUUCAGUUUGUUGACCAGGAUGGUCAGAGCAUCCCUAUAUCAUCAGAUUUACCAGUUAUUGCAGAAAAACCGAAAUGUUAUUAUGUAUCACCAAUUGUGGGUGCCAAGUUUUUCUUUGGUGGUCCAGCUGGUUGCUUCUAG